UAAUCUCCGCCUCCUUCCCCUUCCUUCCCCUCCCCCCUCCUUCCUCUACCGCAAUCCUCGGCGAUGGCGGCGUCUCGGUCUCCGCCUCCGUCAUCGCCAUGGCCUUCCUGGGUCCUGCUGGAUCCAAACGUGUCGGACUACAGAUUUUGCAUCGGUCCAACAGCAAAAGGGUGGAAGGUCGUCGAUUUUACGAACAAGAACUACGGAGCCGGGAAGAAGUAUGGCCAAUUGAUGGCGGAGUGUCUGAAGCUAUAUGUGCGCCUCGCCGACGGCGACGCGGGCCUGGAUCAAUCAGAGUUGGCCAUCACUGCAAACGACGGGGUCAUCCGCUCCAUCAUAGAGGAGGAGCUCACGGAACAAACUGGCUGCCUGAAGAUGGAUCUUCACGGGAUCGUACACGCCUCGUGUGUCACCGGCUACGUCGAGAUCGCGGACAAGAACCUCAUCAUCCUCGCCGUGUCUUACUCCUUCGCUCGUGACAAUUACUACCUUAUCUACGAUGCCACUCUCCGGUCGCUCUCCAUGAUACCCCAUGUAUCUGCUCAUCCCUAUUGCCAGGCCUAUUACCCGUGCGACCCUCUCCCUGUGCGCUACGGCGACGAGUACACCCUUGUACUCUUCGCGCGGAAUUUGGAGUACCAGAAAGAAGAACAAGGAUGCAACUACUACCACCGUGAUGUGCUCUGCCUGUGGCCGCCGCCGCCAUCGUCGGAGAAACCGCCUCUGCUGCUGCGUGACACCCCGGGUCCCUCCAUUGAGCCGUGGCACUUGAAGGAGCCCGUCUUCCCGGAGGGGAAGACGCCAUCGGAGUUCCGCCACCACGUCAAGUUCACGUCCACAAGCCAUGCUUUCUGGGCUGACCUCACGAAGGGCGUCCUGUGCUGCCGCUGCAGCGACCUCUUCGACAGCUACCACGUCAACUUCAGCUUCAUCGAGCUGCCCCAUGGGUGCGAGUGUGACGCCCUGGACAUGCCGGAUACUGCGCCGGCGGAGAUAUACCGGACCAUGGGUUGCACCUCUGGGAGCUCGAUCAAGUUCGUCUCCAUCUCCUUCGAAGAUUCUAUGCCGGUGGAUGAAAAGACCAUGACAGUGUGGACGCUGGACACGGCCUCUUGGGGAUGGACUAAGGAUGUGGAGCUCAGCCUGGGAAGUCUGUGGGAGCUGGAGGACUUCAAGAAGAAUGGAUUGCCGGAGACUCAGCCAGUCUACCCUUUCCUGAGGAAGGAGGAAGAUGAAGACAAUGCCCUCUACUUCACGCUGUCCAGUUCACUGUUGGGGCCAAUCAGCGAAUGUGGGGAACCUGCGGUGCACCACAUGUGCCGCUUCGACAUGAGAAGCAUGAGGCUCGAGUCCAGCCCUCUUUCUUUUCCCCCAGAUAUGAUUGUUCCGCAGCGUUUGUUUGGCUCUGAGUUCUUCAGAUACCUUGACCGUCAUGUUCAGGUUCCUGGUUGUGGCAAAGGCAAGAGGAAGUUGAAUGAGGACUAUAUACUGAUGCUAAUUUGCCCAAGUGAAUUCCUAGGGUUGUGUGCUCAGCAAUGGAGCGAGUGGAAGAGCAUGCAGAAAUAGAGAUCAGAGAAGUAAUUCGUGUGGUGUGGGAGCCAGCUAGACUUCUUUUAUUUUUAUUUCGCCAGGCUGCUGAUUAGGAGAUCAGAUUCUGAAUGACAUGUUUUAUGUUCACAAGCUGGGUUUGUUUUGCUACAGCCUGCAUGUCUCUUUAGUACUACUAAUGUUUAUCGUUACCAGUAUGUGCUUGCUCAUUGAUUGCUUAAUCUUGAUGCACUGAA